AUGUCCCAAGCAGUAUUCCCGGAUGAUGUGCUCCCUCCAGAGGGUGUAUACAGUUCCCGCGAAUCUCUCCUUAGCGCCAUUAAUUCAUGGGCAAAACCUAGAGGCUAUGCAUUUACCACGGGAAAGUCGACGAAAACACCCAAUGGCCGGGUUAAAGUUGUGUUUGCUUGCGAUCGCAACGGGCAGCAGCCAAAUGCCUCCAUACAGCGAAAACGGCGUACCUGUAGCCGAGGAACAGGAUGCAAGUUUUCGGUGCUUGCCAAACAGUCUUUGGAUGGAGCGGCAUGGGUUCUCAGUCAUCGACCCGGACUGGAUUUCUCUCUCCACAAUCACCCGCCAAGCGAAGACCCAUCUGCACACCCAGCACAUCGCCAACUUACUGGGGGUGAUUCCAGGGUCAUAUCUAGUCUUGCGGCUGCUGGAGCUGCUCCUCGUGAAAUCAGGACGUACCUCCGUAACAAUUCCACGACACUUGCAACGCAGAAAGAUAUCUAUAAUCGAAUUGGGGCAGCAAGGAGAGACCUACGGGAGGGCCAAAGCAGCAUACAAGCACUAGUCGACCAAUUGUAUGAGGAAGGCUUCCACUUCAAGGUUCGGCUGGAUUCCGAUAAUCGGCUUACAGCAAUCUUCUUUGCCCAUCCGGACUCAAUCGCAUUUCUCCAAUGCAACCCCGAUGUUCUGCUCCUUGACUGUACCUACAAGACAAACAAACACAGCAUGCCACGUCUCGAUAUGGUUGGCGUUGACGCUUGCGAGCGCUCCUUUUGUAUUGCUUUUGCGUUCCUCUCUGGUGAGACCGAAGAGGACUACUCAUGGGCUUUGCAACAUCUUCGGUCGCUCUAUCGGCGUGACCUUCCCUCCAUUGUCUUGACAGACCGGUGCUUGGCCGCGAUGAAUGCGGCUGCAACCUGGUUCCCUUCAUCCGGAGGUCUCCUUUGCACUUGGCAUGUAAACAAGGCGGUGUUGCAAUAUUGCCGGCCUGCCUUUCUGGCUGGAGGUAGCCAAGGAGAAGGGAGAUGGGAUGAGUUCUACAAGACUUGGCAUGCACUCGUAGCCUCUCCGACGCAAAUGAUAUUUCAAGAGCGCCUGGCCGAUUUCGAGCGGAAAUAUGCCGAGAAAUUUACAGACGCAGUCGGCUAUGUUAGGACAAUCUGGCUCGACCCGUUUAAAGAGAAAAUUGUUCGAGCAUGGGUCGACCGAUAUUUGCACUUUGGCAAUGUGGCUACCUCCAGGCAGGUGGCUUGUAGUUUGGUUGAAGGCGGAGGGACUAAUCUGUCUUCUAGAGCCGAGGGGAUUCACUCAUUAUUGAAAGCACACAUCAAGAUAUCUACCCUCGAUCUAUUCGAUGUCUGGCAAGCCAUGAGACCUGCAGUCACCAACCAGCUGAAGGAAUUGAAGUAUGUGCGUGCUUCUCAGCAGGUAUCGAUGCCUCUGGACGUCUCUGGUGUGGUGUUUGAGGCGGUGCGGGGCUGGGUCUCUCAUCGAGCCCUCCGUAAAGUGCAGGAACAACGACAACUGCUUUCCAAGCCACUUAGAAGCUGCAGCAUGACCUUAACAUCCUCCUUUGGGCUGCCGUGUGUCCAUGCUUUGAAGAAGCUCGAGGAAGAAGGCGGAGCCUUGUUACUCGAGCAUUUCCAUCCCCAUUGGCAUUUGAAACGAGAUGUUUCAAGACCACACCCAAUAUUAGAGCCUAGAAAAGUCCCAAGCCAGCUCAACCAGAGACGAAAGCAGCCAGCAACUAGCACAAGGCGAGAGCCUAGCGCGUUCGAGACAAUUGAGGCAGCAACACGUCCAAAGGCACUGCCUAAAUGCAGCAUGUGUCACACAAUAGGUCACACAAUGACUUCAAAGUCAUGCCCCUUACGAUAUACAGAGCUAUUUCAGCAACCAGCAACGGUCACCGAAACAACAGCACACACAAUGAGCAUCGUGGCAUCAGAAGCAGUGGCGACGACAGCCGCAGAGACGACGAUAGCUCAUGCGACCAUAGGUCAGAAAGACGAACAUCUCAUGGUAGCGAUGCAAGCACCAACGGGCCACGUCCAGGCAUUAGAAGUCCAGGCGCUGGCAGAUCGUGAGUCUGGUAGCUAUACAUCUACAGUCGAGACAGUGGCAGAUUGCAUUAUAGUCAGCUCAACAGUCGUACAACAGGCAGCAGUAGCCGAGCCAGCAGUGGCGGGAAAGGCAACUGCGCCAAAGCUCAGAUAUAAUGACCCGCAAGCAAUCUACCAGAGAUAUGUUGAGUCGAGACAGACUUGGUACGGUGCGCAGCCGCGUGGCAGUAUCAAGACUAACCAACAGUAUCGAAAGGCAACGGGUUUACCCCAGCGGUACAACAGGGCGGAGCUUGCUUGGUGUCUUGAUUGGAAGCAGAUGGGUGGGCGAUGUAAAGAGCAAGAAGGGUCUAGAGACUGGACGAAGGAAGAAAUGAUGUCGUAUCUGGAUUGGGACAAGGCAGAAGAAGGCCGGGUUGAAGCAAUGGUAGCAGCUGAGAUGGAAGCGAAUCCAUUUUCUGACAGACGAGGCAUGGGUGACAUCUGGGAGGCUGCGGCAGCGGACUGUGCGGCACAAGAGGCCCUGUAUUUAGGCGAUCAAGCCACUGAAAUUUAA